ACAACGAAAAUGUCAGUCGAUUCGGGAAGUACAGAGCGUUUGGGUGUGUUGUUAUCAUCCACCUUCAAGUUUUCUGACUAAUUGAAAUUUGCAUAAUAUCUGAAAUUCAAUUGUGGUUUUAAUGACUGUGACGAGUUUCCCCCUCACUAACGGUUAUCUAGAAAACGAAAAAAGAAAUCAUUGAAGUGUAGUGCGAAGUGUUCAUCAUGUUUUUGUCGUAUUGGAUGUGUUUCGCAUGAAGUGGAAAAGUGAAAAAUCCUAAAUAAAUGCAAUAAUCGUUUCUUGGCUGGCGUUCAGAUUUAUAUUUACGGUCGACAGGUUGCUGUUGUGGAUGACUGGCUGCGAAUUGGAUGGCUAAUGUUGGCUACCAUUGAAAUUCUUACCACGUAAAAAAAUCGGUCAAAGCUGUGGAAGUCGAAGUGAAUAAACCAAAACAAAAUAUAAUAAAAUGCAUCAUCAUUUAUCGGCUUUUCAUUGGGAUACGGAUGUUGGUGUGUACUUGUUUCCCGGCUUGAAAGUCAACGGUUCCACGGCACUUUUCCUAUUGAGUCUAGUUUUGAUAUUAUUAUCCAUUGCGUAUGAAGCAAUUAAGGUCCUACAAACAAGAGCUCGAGCUCGCGCCGCCCGCGAACGAAUACGAACACCAUCAUGUGCUCCAAGCGAAACAGCCAACUUAAUAACCGCCGAUUCACGACGAGGUGGUCAUCAUCGUAUUCCUUUCUCGAAAAAGUUUCGUAAACUAUUCCUUCAAGCCUUGGUCUUCAUGUUCCAUACAACUCUAGGCUACAUUAUCAUGUUGUCUGUAAUGGUCUACAAUGGCUAUGUGUUUUUAGUUGUUGUUCUAGCCAUGGGCUUGGGAUACUUUCUAUUCGGACACAUAUCAAUGCGAAUAAAUAUGGAAAAUAUGCGUGCACGAACUACAAAUGUGAUUUGCUCAACUGCUUGCCCAGAACAGCCGUCAACGUCUAGCUCCAAACAUACCCGAACAGGAUAUACUAACGAAAUAGCUUCAGACUCAUCCAGUGACAAUAACUCCUGUGAUAAUCAAUCAUGUUCUGUUGAUGUCCCAUCGGAAUGCCAUUCAAAUACAAAUAUAGUGGAUUCUUGCCGUCUCUAACGAUAUUUAAAGAUAACUCUAUCUAUUUUUAGCUAAGCAAUAUGAAUAUGCAUAAAAAAUAUGGAAAUAUGUGUGUAUAUUAUCCUUGUGAAAUUAGAAAUGAAAAGAUACUCUACCGAAACCUGUACGUUACUAUGGUGGUUGCUCAAUUAGAAAACUACAAUUUUAUAUACUAUACAUAUCCGUUUCUAAUUUCAAAUGUUGUAUAUUAUCUCGUUGAACUAUUGAUAUUUUAUGUGAUUUUAAUUAUGAUGUAAAUAUUGUAAAAAGCAAGCAAGCAAACCAAUUCAAACAGUUCACUGAAAGUUAUUUGUUGUUGCUCAGAUUUUCUAAUUUAAAACAAAUCAUAAUUUUAUAUAUAUAUUUGUGAACAGAUGUGGACAGGAAAUAUUAACUCGUGAUGAUUUUUUAUAUGAAUAAAUUCAAUAUUUUUAGUUUUUAAAAUCGUUA